CUCAACCGGACCACUGAUUACCUCGACCCUUGCGGCCCUGCCACCCCCGCCGGCCGCUUCCCGCGACGUGAUCGACGGAGCUCUCUUACCCAUUGUUUGCGCCGAACCACCAACGAUCCGACAGGUCGCCCAGACAACUUCCGUCCGAUAUACCAGUCUCCGAGUUCGCCGUCCCCAAGGGCCCGGUCAAUCAGCCCUCCGACCGGCCUGCGCGCGGCCGCCGAGAUCGAGUCGCUGCGACCAAGCAGUUUCAACCGAAGCUCUUCCAUCUUCCACGUUCACAACCUCCAUUCAAUGAAACCAAUGCGCCGAUAACGCUUUGUGAUCCUCAUUACUGUAUUCAGCCUUAUUAAUAUCUACCGUCACACAAUCAACCAACAUCAAUGGCGCGAAUACACAUCUUGACCAUCCUCGUCCUCUCCCUUCUCUCCCUCGUCAGCGCCUCCGCCCCAACAUUUUGCAAAUGCACCUGCUUCUCCAACAGCACCAUAAUCCGUCUCGGCCCUCAACCCGACGACCCAGCCAACAACAAUCCUCAACAACCACCACCACCACCACCACCACCACCACCACCGUCCAAACCCACCGCGACCAUCACCGCUACCGCAUUACCCCCAAACAGCCCACGCUCCCCGAACGAUCAAUCGCAGUUCCUCCAUCUUGGUGGAUCCAAACGCGCAGCCUCGUCUUCCUGCACCCAAUGCAACCGCGCAUUCUGCCUGCAAUACAACCUGCCGAUCUGCAAAGACGCCGAAGAGAAGGACGUGACGACGACCUGUUUUCAGCGAGAUAGCAGGAAAGACGAGAUCAUUGUCUGGGGGUUCAUUUUGAGCACGGCGGGGCUGUUGGGGUGGGCGGGGGUGAGGAGGGUUUUGGAGAAGGGACGGGUUUCUGGCUUUGGAGGAGGGGGAGGAGGUGCUGGGGGAGGCCGGGGAGGUCGGGAUUGA